AUGCUAACCAGCUGUGUAGCAUAAGUUAGCUUCGCCGGGUUCGUUGCUGACAGCUACCUUGCGCUGUCACCUGUUAACUCUUACCUGUGAUUCAGUUACAGUCUACAGAGUUGAAUAACAGUCACCGUGCUGUCUAUGUGUUGCUAUUCUGUUAGAAUAUCAAGCUGAUGAGGAGCUAAAAUGAGAGAAGGAGUCUGUGCUGUCUGACUCAGAUCUCGUGUAGACAUGGAGAAGCCCUGGAGGCUGUGGGGGGCGGUGGAGCGGUGCACCCUGACUCUGGCCUCCUGGUCCUGGGGUGCUUGUCGAGUCUCCCUUUUGGCCCUCAUCCUCACCUUCCACCUGUACGGAGGAUUCUUCCUCCUAGCUUUGAUCCUAGCCUCUGUGGCGGGCAUCCUCUACAAAUUCCAGGAUGUGCUCCUUUACUUCCCCGAUCAGCCCUCCUCCUCUCGCCUUUAUGUUCCCAUGCCAACAGGAAUCCCACAUGAGAACGUUUACAUCCGCACCAAAGACGGCGUGAAGCUCAACCUCAUCCUGCUGCGCUACACGGGAGGGGACAACCCCCCCGGAGUGGCCCCUGGCAAUCAAAGCAGCCCUACUUCCUCUUCUCCACCCACCAUCCUUUAUUUCCAUGGUAACGCAGGCAAUAUUGGUCACAGGGUGCCUAACGCCCUGCUGAUGCUGGUCAAUCUGAAAGCCAAUGUAGUGCUAGUCGACUACCGGGGUUAUGGAAAGAGCGAGGGGGAGCCGAGUGAGGACGGGCUGUACCUAGACGCAGAGGCGACACUGGACUAUGUCAUGACCCGUCCUGAUCUAGACAAGACAAAAGUGGUGCUAUUUGGCCGCUCACUGGGGGGCGCUGUUGCUGUACGCCUGGCAUCAGUCAACCCUCACCGUGUAGCAGCCAUUGUUGUUGAAAACACCUUCCUCAGCAUCCCCCAUAUGGCAGCCACACUCUUCUCCUUCCUGCCCAUGCGCUUACUGCCAUUGUGGUGCUACAGGAAUCAGUUUCUGUCCUACCGGCAGGUUGCGCUGUGCCGCAUGCCCUCACUGUUUGUGUCUGGCCUGUCAGACCAGCUCAUCCCACCCGUCAUGAUGAAACAACUGUAUGAGCUUUCUCCCGCGCGGACUAAGCGCCUGGCUAUCUUUCCAGAGGGCACACACAACGACACGUGGCAGUGCCAGGGCUACUUUGCUGCUUUAGAGCAGUUCAUGAAAGACCUGCUGAAAAGCCACGCCCACGAGGAGAGCGCUCAGCCCACAUCUAGUGUCACUAUCAUCUGAUAAAUACAGUCAGGGACUGACAAGAGCAGGUCAUCAUAUGGGGGGGGGGGAAGGAGGUGGUGGUGUUGUAGAAAUUAAAGGAAUGGACUCAAUUGAUUUUUUUGGAAAGAAUGUACAUUUUUUAUGCUUUUAUCUGGUUUCCUAUUUUAUUUCACUCUUUUUACCUCUCUGUAAAUGUAAUAUAUUGUUAUAAGGAUUUGACUAUUUCAAGAUUUUUAGAGAGGGUAACAAUGCCCUCACUGGUUCUUUUUGUGUUGCAGCUAUGAAUGCAUGUAUUUAUGACAUUUUAUGAAUGAAGCCGGAGCAUACAUGCCCACACUGCAAGACAUGGCACAACUACAACAAAAAAAAGGCUCUUACUGGUCUACUGAAACAAAAUAAAAUCACUGAAACAACAGCUCAGAGAACAAUGAACAUAUAAGGACCUUUCUUUAAUUUAAUGAAAUCUAAUGACUACUUUAAAUAAAAUACCACUUCUGAUAUAAAUAAAUGAUACCCUGAUAACAUGUAGGUCUUUGUGUUUAUAUUAACUUUUUAACACAUUGCACUUUCUUGUUUGAUUAACUCAAGUGGUCAGUUUUUCUGAUAUACUUUGACAAGCAAAAUGGUGUUUUAUUUCUCUCCUUUUAAGUCAGAGGUACUUGCAGCAGCUUGGCAUGUCAGGAAAUUGGACUUAACAUUUGCUUUUACACUUGAACUGUUUUAGGGGACAAGAACCCCAACAGACAAACUUAUGGUCAGUAAGAGAACAGUGUCAUGAUAAGGAACCUCUACUUAUGAAACAUACGCGCUUGAGUCUUGAUUUCCUCUGAAAAUGUCUGUUUCAAUGUGAUUCAGAUAAGCUAUAAGAUAUUCUCCCUGUAAUGUUUUCUCUGUUCAAACACAGCUGGCACAUAGGAUUGUCAGUUGAUGCUGAACACUGUGUGCUCCUGCAGAAUCCAGAAUUGAUCUGUGUGUUGUUUGUAAUUAAAGGAUGGUGUCAGAUUA